AGGAAAAUGACGCCGCAGCAUAUUUGGAUAAUUUACUACUAUGCGUUUCAUCUAUUUCUCGUGCUUUGCCGUGCGCCUCCAUUGUUAACUUUGAAGACCGAAACUGCCAAUCUAAAGGUCUGUGGUGAAGGCGUUGUGAGUCCUGACCCCGACGAUUGUGCUGGUUAUUUCCAAUGUUUGGAUGGUGCAAUUAUUAAAGAGAAAUGUAGCAGUGGCAGCUACUUUGAUUCCUCUUGGGAUGUAUGCGUGAUAGAUAUGGAUGGCAUCUGUACACCAGCUACAGUUAAUUGCACAGAAGGAGAACUCGAGGUGAACCCUUUUAACUCCUGCGGCUAUUUGAAAUGUUUGAAUGGAAGUAUAACAGAAGUUAAUUGCACAAGUGGAAGCUACUUUAAUUCGACUUUAAUGACGUGUAUCAUCGAUGAGAAUGGUAUAUGCUCUGCUAUCGAUGAUGAAUGUAUAGAGGGGGAGAUUGAGGAGAAUCCUGAAGAUCCUUGUGGAUACUUCGAGUGCGUCAAUGGAAGUUUUGAAGAUGUGGAUUGCACCAGUGGAACCUACUUUAACUCUUCAUUAAAUAUUUGCAUCAUUGAUGAGAAUGGAAUAUGUUCUGUGAUCGAUGAGAAAUGUAUAGAAGGAGAGAUUGAGGAGAAUCCUGAUGAUCCUUGUGGAUUCUUACAAUGUGUGGAUGGCAGCCUUGAGGAAGUGAACUGCACCAGUGGAACCUACUUUAACUCUUCUUUGAAUAUUUGCCUCAUUGAUGAGAAUGGAAUAUGCUCUGCGAUCGAUGAGAAAUGUAUAGAAGGAGAGAUUGAGGAGAAUCCUGAUGAUCCUUGUGGAUACUUACAAUGUGUGGAUGGCAGCCUUAAGGAAGUGAACUGCACCAGUGGAACCUACUUUAACUCUUCUUUGAAUAUUUGCCUCAUUGAUGAGAAUGGAAUAUGCUCUGCGAUCGAUGAGAAAUGUAUAGAAGGAGAGAUUGAGGAGAAUCCUGAUGAUCCUUGUGGAUACUUACAAUGUGUGGAUGGCAGCCUUGAGGAAGUGAACUGCACCAGUGGAACCUACUUUAACUCUUCAUUGAAUAUUUGUCUCAUCGAUGAGAAUGGAAUAUGCUCAUUGACAUGUACGGAAGGUGAGAUUGAGGUGAAUCCUGAUGAUCCUUGUGGAUACUUACAAUGUGUGGAUGGCAGCCUUGAGGAAGUGAACUGCACCAGUGGAACCUACUUUAACUCUUCAUUGAAUAUUUGUCUCAUCGAUGAGAAUGGAAUAUGCUCAUUGACAUGUACGGAAGGAGAGAUUGAGGUGAAUCCUGAUGAUCCUUGUGGAUACUUACAAUGUGUGGAUGGCAGCCUUGAGGAAGUAAACUGCACCAGUGGAACCUACUUUAACUCUUCAUUGAAUAUUUGUUUCAUCGAUGAGAAUGGAAUAUGCUCAUUGAAAUGUACGGAAGGAGAGAUUGAGGUGAAUCCUGAUGAUCCUUGUGGAUACUUACAAUGUGUGGAUGGCAGCCUUGAGGAAGUGAACUGCACCAGUGGAACCUACUUUAACUCUUCAUUGAAUAUUUGUCUCAUCGAUGAGAAUGGAAUAUGUUCAUUGAAAUGUACGGAAGGAGAGAUUGAGGCGAAUCCUGAUGAUCCUUGUGGAUACUUACAAUGUGUGGAUGGCAGCCUUCAACAGGUGAACUGCACCAGUGGAACCUACUUUAACUCUUCAUUGAAUAUUUGUCUCAUCGAUGAGAAUGGAAUAUGCUCAUUGACAUGUACGGAAGGAGAGAUUAAGGUGAAUCCUGAUGAUCCUUGUGGAUACUUACAAUGUUUGGAUGGCAGCCUUGAGGAAGUGAACUGCACCAGUGGAACCUACUUUAACUCUUCAUUGAAUAUUUGUCUCAUCGAUGAGAAUGGAAUAUGCUCAUUGACAUGUACGGAAGGUGAGAUUGAGGUGAAUCCUGAUGAUCCUUGUGGAUACUUACAAUGUGUGGAUGGCAGCCUUGAAGAAGUGAACUGCACCAGUGGAACCUACUUUAACUCUUCAUUGAAUAUUUGUCUCAUCGAUGAGAAUGGAAUAUGCUCAUUGAAAUGUACGGAAGGAGAGAUUGAGGUGAAUCCUGAUGAUCCUUGUGGAUACUUACAAUGUGUGGAUGGCAGCCUUGAAGAAGUGAACUGCACCAGCGGAACCUACUUUAACUCUUCAUUGAAUAUUUGUCUCAUCGAUGAGAAUGGAAUAUGCUCAUUGAAAUGUACGGAAGAAGAGAUUGAGGUGAAUCCUGAUGAUCCUUGUGGAUACUUACAAUGUGUGGAUGGCAGCCUUGAGGAAGUGAACUGCACCAGUGGAACCUACUUUAACUCUUCAUUGAAUAUUUGUCUCAUCGAUGAGAAUGGAAUAUGCUCAUUGACAUGUACGGAAGGUGAGAUUGAGGUGAAUCCUGAUGAUCCUUGUGGAUACUUACAAUGUGUGGAUGGCGGCCUUGAGGAAGUGAACUGCACCAGUGGAACCUACUUUAACUCUUCAUUGAAUAUUUGUCUCAUCGAUGAGAAUGGAAUAUGCUCAUUGACAUGUACGGAAGGUGAGAUUGAGGUGAAUCCUGAUGAUCCUUGUGGAUACUUACAAUGUGUGGAUGGCAGCCUUGAGGAAGUGAACUGCACCAGUGGAACCUACUUUAACUUUUCAUUGAAUAUUUGUCUCAUCGAUGAGAAUGGAAUAUGCUCAUUGAAAUGUACGGAAGGAGAGAUUGAGGUGAAUCCUGAUGAUCCUUGUGGAUAUUUACAAUGUGUGGAUGGCAGCCUUGAGGAAGUGAACUGCACCAGUGGAACCUACUUUAACUCCUCUUUGAAUAUUUGUCUCAUCGAUGAGAAUGGAAUAUGCUCAUUGAAAUGUACGGAAGGAGAGAUUGAGGAGAAUCCUGAUGAUCCUUGUGGUUAUUUAAGAUGUAUUAAUGGCAACCUUGAGGAAUUGAAUUGUACCAGUGGAAGUUACUUCAAUAGCAGCAUAAAGGUUUGUCUUAUUGAUGAGAACGGUAUUUGUUCUGCGAUCCCAGAAGGUUGUCGAGAUGGUGAUAUCGAGGAGAAUCCAGAUGAUCUUUGUGGCUAUUUAAUAUGCAAGGACGGUAGCUUUUCUGAAGCAAACUGCACGAGUGGGAGCUACUUUGAUUCUUCAUGGAAAAUGUGUGUUAUUGAUGAGAAUGGCAUUUGUUCUUCAAGAAAUCUUGUUGAAGCCUGCAUAGAAGAUGAGAUUGAAUCAGAUCCUGAAGAAUGUGCUGGAUACUUGCAGUGCAUCGAUGGGGAAAGGGUGAGUCAACUUUGUGCUUAUGGCAGUUAUUUUGAUUCAGCUUUAAAGAGCUGCGAGAUCGACUAUGAUAACGUUUGUUUAUCUAAAUCGGAGAUCUGUGAAGAAGGCGAGAGGAAGGAAGACCUAGAUGAUACUACGUGGUAUUUUGAGUGUAUCAACGGGGAUUAUGUUGAGCAAAAAUGCCCAGAGGAAAGUUAUUUUGAGAGCAGUAUAAAGGGAUGCAUUAUCGAUGAGAAUGGUGUGUACAGUUCUUAGCUAGACUAACCAAUUACAGAAAUAAAAUACUAGAUAAUUAAGAUUGCCUGCAAUGCAUUUUGUUAUUAUAUUAUAAUAUAAUCGAAAUGUUAAUACUUUUUAGCUUCAAUUUAUGCUAAUUGAGUUACAUCAGCAAAGGAAGUAGAUAACAGUGGCAAGAGAGAGCCGAAAAUAGAGAGAGAGGUGUUAACACUGUGCAUCAAAUGCUCGAUGCGGCUUAAGGCAAAGUUUUUGAUGCCGUAGCUUUUUGGGGCAGCUGCGGCUAUUUAACUUUGUUUUAAUGCGGUAUCAAAAUUAUAACAUUUGUGCCUGCUUAAUUGGAUAGCUGUUAACUAACUGUUACCAUUGCCAACUUUUUGGUUAGCAACUGAGUCUUCACUUAAAAGGAAUUACCAAAGAAGAUGAGCACUAAAUCAGCUGUGUUCGUUACUAAUGAGAAGCUGACACAAGGACAUCGUGCUCAAACUGACCGAGUAACCAUGAAAACAGUACGUAUACGUGAUGUGUGCUCUACACACAAUUUUGCAGCGCAUGUCGAUGUCAAUGCCGAAGUUGACCCUCAGAUUAAGUCUGCUCUUAAUUAAGAGUAUUCCCGCAGUGCAACAUCAAGUUUCUCCCAAUGUUUUCGCCAUUUUGCGUGCAAUAAAAUACAUCAAAGUGCUUUCGAUUACAUCGAAAGUCUCGUAAUUAAAGUUUGCCUACGUUCAGCCGCAUUAAAUGAGAACAGAUAACAAAACUUGGGGUAAGAGGCGUGUUCACAUUGCUCCUGUUACGACGUUUCACAUCAAAGCCUACAUCCUGCAAUUAAGACCAGAAGUUCGAUUUCAUUUGAAGUUUAUUGGAAAAGCCUUUUGCUUCCCUUGACACUCGCCUCGGAGCUUAAUUCAACCCGGGCUUCGUGUUGACAUUGGCAUUGACGAAUAUUAAAUUCAGGAUAUAAAUGUUCGUAAUAUUGCCUUUUCCCUUAUCAUCCUCUGAGGGUGGGCUAGGCGUUGCUGGUGUUUCAAUUCCUUCGGUAGUCGAAGUAGUUGAGUCAUUACCAGGUGACACUGUUGUUUCACCAUCUUCAGUCACAAUUGUGGUAGGUGCACUGGUUGGAGUUGAUGUCUCAGUUUCUUCGGUAGUGGAGUCAUUAGGAGGGGACGCAGUUGUUUCUCCACCCUCAGGGGCAAUCGUUGUUGUGUCCGCCUCAGUUUCAUCCUCAGUGGUUCCGCUGGACGAAGUCGAUGUUUUAGUUCCUUCGGUAGUAGAGUCAUUAGGAGGGGACGCAGUUGUUUCUCCACCUUCAGGGGCAAUCGUUGUUGUGUCCGCCUCAGUUUCCUCAGUGGUUGCGCUGGACGAAGUCGAUGCUUCAGCUCCUUCGGUAGUUGAGUCAUUGCCAGGUGACACAGUUGUUUCUCCAUCUUCAGGUUCAAUCGUUGUUGUAUCCGCUUCGGUUUCAUCUUCAGUAGUUGCGCUGGACGAAGUUGAUGUCUCAGCUGCUUCGGUAGUCGUCGUAGUUGAGUCACUACUUGGAGACGGAGUUGUUUCUCCAUCUUCUGGCGCAGUAGUUGUGUCUGCUUCAGUUUCGUUCUCGGGAUCCGUAGUUGUUGGUUCUUCAGGAGCCUUUGUUGUGGAGUCAUCGCCAUCCACCUCUCCGUAACCAUAAGGUGAUUCCUUAUUUACGGGCACAUAGAACUCACCCACUGCAAUAAAAUCAUUCUGCACAGAGCCCAUGCGAAUCGAGCUGUAGGUGCUGCCACAAUCCUUCUUGUUGGCGUACUCGUACGAUGGACAACUGAUGCUGAGGUAGUUGUCAAUCGUCAGCGCUUCCACGUAGUAUGAGACGGCACGUGUGUGUGAACAGCUUCCAGUCAGAUCGAGGCCACAACCAGGCUGCGAUUUGCCGCCAUUCGGAUAGAAGACAGCGCGGCCAAUAGGCCUGGUGUAUCCUAAAGUGCCGCCAUUUGUCUGAAUGGUCUCCACGUAGUAGGCAUCAUUGCUAGACAAGCGCUUCGCUGGCUUAUCGUAGCUCAUCAGAGGCAUAGCAGGAUCUAAACCCACAACUUUCUGCACCGUGCCCGUGGUAACCUGCUUGGCGGCGUGUCCUGCCACAUGGGCACCCAGACUGAAGCCCACAAUCUCGAGUGUGUCUAAGGACAUGCCGUACUGCUUGACUAAAUAGUCAAUUAGGGUGGAAACUUUGCCACCAGCCGAUGCGGCAGCUGCUACCGAUGAGGCAUACUCCAGGGAACGUCCACGGGACCAAUCCACAGCAAUCAUAUUGUAGUUGCCUGAACGGAACCAAGCUGCACGCACUCCAGUAUUGACGCCAUCUUUGUAGUUCGAAUUCCAACCGUGUAUGGUAAUCCUAGAAAGGAUUUUCUAUGCUUAAUACACAUUUCUAGAUUUUUACAACAAUUCCUUACCUCGUAGGAAAUUCGGGAUUAAAGUUUGAGGAAUCAAUUGAGUCUUUGCUGGCCUUAAUCACUUGACCAUCGUUGGGAUUAUUUAGCGUGUACAAAUAAAACGUAACAGCAUUCAGAGAAAUACGUUCAACGAUUUCCAGAUCAUUAAGAGUUUCAUAUGCAGCCAGCUGUUGGUUUGCAUCCUGCAUGCUCAUCCAUUUAAGACCGCCAUCCACGCUGGGCACAUACCAACCAUUCACUCCAUUGAUGCGGCCUGCUCUGUCGCCAAUGGACAUUGAGCUGACUGAACC